AUGCAGAACCGAAGCCCAAAACCAAGGCAUCAGGCGACCUGUUCAGAGCACGAGCACACGCGCCCCUCAAUGGGAGAAAUGUGCAAUGCUUGCCGCCAACUUGAAGAAGCUGCUGCAGCCCUUUUUGCACGCCUUCAAACUGCCAGGAGGCGAUGCGUAGUGGUGGGGGAAGAAGUUUCAUUUGCGAGCCUUCAAAGAGAGAAGGCUGCCUCAGAGUUUCCGCCAGUGCAGCGGUCCAGGUGUCAAGCGCAGUCCAGACUGCAGUCCACUUUGGAGGAGUUAAGCGGUGUCCUCCUGUCCAAUACCCAGCAAGAGAAGGACCUUCGUGGCCUUCGCAGAAGCCUUGAGAAAUUGCGGCGCCAACUUGGCUGCAUUGAAACCCAGGUGGAGGGUUGCGUCCAACAAACCAGUUUGCUCAAAAGGGAAGAGGAAGCAUUGUCACUGGAGCAAGAGCGACUUCAGACCAAUAUCGAGGAAAUGAAGAGUGAAGAGGGUGCCUUCGCACGACAAGUUGCAGACGAACGACAAAAGCGAAUGGAGUUGAAGGCAGCUUGCCGGCAGCGAAUCAAGAAGGUAGAGUACUCCAGAGCUGAACUCUUGGAUCAACUGGAGAAGCAGGCUGGUGAAACUUUGGAGUUGAAGGAGACGGUCAGAAAACAACAGGAGUCAACCAAUGUCGCGCUGGCCAAUCUUUUGAGAUCUGAAGCUGAUGCAAAUGAAGCAGGAAAUGAAGCCUCCUCGGCACUCCAUGCAAGAGAGCAGAUGCACAAAGAGUGGGGACAGGUGCAGAAAGAGCACGUGCAGCUCAAAGAUGCGUUGAAGGAGUUGCGAAGGGACCUGCUCAUUCAUGCUCAGCAAGAGAUGCAGGCCAUGAGCGACUGGAGAUUUGGCUAUAUGAAACACUUGGACGAAAAGCUUGAGGCCAAGCGGAAUCUUUCCAAGACCCUGGCCACGGAGGUGGAGCAGGGUCAAUGCAGGGAACCGUUGACCUUCCAGAUGAUCGCCCCGGUGACUCCGGUGUAUGUUUAA